UGGAAUUACGCCCAUUUCGAAAUAUUUAAUCUUAACCUCAAAACAGGGUGUGAAUGCUGGUGGGUGGAUGGUUUUAUAAGAAAGACAAUAACAACAAUACUAUAGCAUUUUCAUCAAAGCAACUCGUUCGAGUAAGUGUCAAUUUAACCCCAAAUCGAUUUCUCGUAUUUGAAAACUAUGGAUACUAACAAUCAAGGCGGUAAACCAUUCAAAAUCACGAACAGCUCCAGAGACCCAAGAAAGGGUGUUGUUGCCUUGUCACUGGAAGAUCUUUGCUCAAAAGUAAAUGAAAAGCUCAAUGUUGAGGGUGAAAUUACUAUUGUAUUGGAGUCGGACGGUACAGAGAUUGACGAUGAAGAAUAUUUUGCUACAUUAGAGCCGCAUACAAGUCUUAUGAUUUUGACAAAGGACGAAAAAUGGUCUCCUGUUUCCAUUCCGUUUAAUAUAAGCGUCGAUCAACUGGAUAAUGCUAAAGGAGGCAAUGAGCUGGUUGGUCUAGUUGGCAAAUUGAAGCAUAACCUAUGCAAUGUUUCUCUACUUGGAGGUGCAGAAUUAGAAAUGCUGUCUGAUAUGGAUCCAGAUUCAAUCACUGAUAUUACUUUCCCUGAUAAAAUAUUUCUCGAACAACUGAAAGAGGCGUCUGGUAGGUUUUUAUCAGAAAAAAGACAAGCUAAAGAUGCCAUGGAUCUGCUAAGGCUAUACAAUGAGAAGCAUGGAGAAACUGGAUAAGAUGAAGUUUGAAAUAUGAAGGUUAAUGACCCCUCUUUAAGUUAUUGAUCAGUUGAUAAUUUUGUUAUUCACUGAUAGAACCUCCAGUAUGAAAAAAAUACUACCUACUAUUAUUUCUUAUUGGAAAACUGGCAUUUGUCAUUUGAAUGAGGUUCUUAAGUGAAGAACCAAGUAAUGGUAAUUUGUCAUUCAGUUUUAUUCAUUACUUGAGGAAAACCCAUAAAUUAAAAGUAUAAGUUGAAAACUUAGGAAUUGACACCAUCAAUAAUGUUACUUUUAUACUAGCAUUGCAAUUUCCUUUUAACAAAAUGCCUAUUAAGUUAUUACUUACAAAUGAGUUUCCUUUCAAUGAAGCAUUCAAUUUUGGGUAACCCAAUUUUGUACAAACAUAAACUUGAUAAGGUGAUAAGUAAUAAUCGGAUGCAGAAAGUAAAACAGUCAAUAUCAAGUUUUUAUGACUUUAAACAGAACUUAUCACAUCUCUAGAAUAGCCAUUUGAUUGUCUAUCUACCUAGAAAUAGUGCAUCUAGCAAAGUUUGAUAUGAAGUUUUUAUAGAUCUUUUAUUGAAGCUUACAUUUCGAAGGCUAUAAUGAAGAAAAAUAACACUUUUACCAGUGUAAUCAAAAUGUUUUGAAUGUCUUACGAAGAUCAAAACAAACCGGUUAAGAGCCAAAUAUGCCAAGUAUAAUAACUCGACUGAAUUAUGGGACAGGAGCCGUUCAAAAAUGAUGCAUUAUUAGACAUAGGAACAUAAUGCAAAUGACUGAUUUUUUAGUGUAAAUUUUUUAGGUGAUAAUUAGGGAAACUUGUCAUCUCUCAAAAUGUUUUACUAUGAAUUUUUCCACUUUAAGACAUACCCAUCAACUUAUAUUAAUGUUCACAUAAUAACAUCAUACAUUCGUAUGUUUUGCACAAAUAUAUCAAUUUAUAGUAGACAAAAAGGAUGUAAUGGAAAAGAUUUCUCAACAUUUAUUUUGAAAACGUUCAUUACUCAUUUUUAUAAUGUGUUAGGUUCGAUAUUACCUUUUUUUUACCUGGAUCAUUUUCUGUAAUCAAUAAGGUAUCAAAACUUCCAACAUGUGAAAUUAGAAGGCUGUACUCUUUUAGUUUUUGAUUGCAAAAUAGUAUCGGCAGAGGUCCUGCAAACUAAUUGUUGAUAAUACGUAUUUUUAAAUGGAUCAGUUCUAUGAAAAUUUCAAUUCAGUCUAAUUUUCUAAGAGUAAAGACUACCAAUUUUGUGUAUUUACGAACAUUUAUUUUGAAUAUCAUUAAUAUCGUUAUUCCAAUGAAAAAAUGUUGAAAGCUUGAUACCUUUAUGAAUCUCAUUGAACUCAGUUCAUCAUCAAUUUUGAGUAAAAUAUGAUUGACCUGACUCCCUCGUGGGUCUAUAAGUGUCUUCGGAAUAUCAACCAAGUUUCCACUGCCACUUAAUUUAUAAGAAAAUCAUAUUUCGAAUAUUGGGAAGUUACAUGGAAAAUGAUGAGAUUUCGAAUCUUCUGAUGUAAAGGAUGAACCCUUUCGCUUUAUAGAUGUGAAUUGUAACUUUCGUGACAACAACCCUAAACGUAACAUAAAUUCCUCAAGGUUUAUAUUUCUGUAGUAACAAGAGCAAACCCUUGUACCGAAAUUUUAUAAUCUUUUUAAUACAACAUUAUUACCUA